UUCAUCGGAAAAUCAUAAAAAUUUAUUACCUGUCCGAAGUGACAGCUGCAACCAUAAAUUUUUGGAAGUUUCCGCAUAAUUUAUGGAAGCCGACCAAAUUUGCGUGGACAUUAAAUGUAUAUAAAGUGCGGAAUUAGGUGUAUGCAAAUUAGUAGCAAGUCGACAGUCGUCAUCAUCAUUACAGUAAUAAUAUUCUGAAUCCUCCAAUAAUGGCCAACAUUGAAACUAGCCAAAUAAUGCAGCGCUUGAGCAGCCUAAGGAUUGUCGAGACGCCCCGUCAGCCACAACGUGAAAAUGGACAACGGGAAUGUCAAUCGGAGAUGGUGAAGAAGACACAGGUGCCUGCUACUCCCUGCUCUGGUGCUGCCACUUUUCUAACGGAACUCAAGAAGCGACGAAAAAUGAAACUGAAUCGUGUCUACAAUUAUGAGACUGACAAACACUUCAUUAAAGCGCGAAAAUCUCUUAAUUUUUAGAAUAUACAAACCAUACCGAUGUAAUCACUACCUAUUAAUAUUCAUUCUUGAUUUAAAAUCAAAAAUAUUUUUUUCUGAAUCUAAAAAUAUAAACAAUCUAUAUGAAAAUUUAAAA